CUCCGUCGCUAUGUGUGAACGAGCGAUGCAGCGCUGGAACCCGGACACCCUGAGAGACGCCGCCGGGUCCCUUGAGCAGCGGAGACGGGAGCCAGCCUGAGUCUCAUUGAAAUAUUUGCUCACUUCUCCGCCGAACAUGAAAGCAUGGUGAUCACUGUGUCUGCACUCCACUGCUGUUUGGAUGUACAGUAUGGGAUUUCUGAAAGCUACAGAAGAGACUUGCAUGUCUCUGGAAACAGCAGAUGACAAAAGUGCGGGGCAUCAGGAGGUAGUAGCAACAUGAGCUGGAGUUUCUUGACACGCCUUUUAGAAGAAAUCCACAAUCACUCCACGUUUGUCGGAAAGAUUUGGCUGACCGUGCUCAUAGUCUUCCGUAUCGUUCUGACUGUUGUGGGAGGAGAGUCCAUUUACGAUGAUGAACAGUCCAACUUUGAGUGUAACACAGCCCAGCCGGGUUGUAAGAAUGUAUGCUAUGAUGAGUUUGCCCCGCUCUCUCAUAUUCGUUUUUGGGUGUUUCAGAUUAUUUUAGUGGCCACGCCACCUCUUUUGUACUUGGGCUAUGCUAUGCAUAAAAUUGCAAAAAUGGAGGAGCGCAAUAAGUAUGACAAGAGGUCAAGGGAUAGAGCUUUGUCCUUACGCUGGAAACAACAUUGUAACCUAGAAGAGGUGGAUGAGGACAAUGAAGAGGACCCCAUGAUGUAUCCAGAGACUGAAAUGGAAAACAACAGAGUAAAAGUGAGCCACAACAAAAUUAAACAUGAUGGCCGUAGGCGGAUACAGGCUGAUGGGCUUCUGAGAAUUUAUGUGCUUCAGUUGCUGGUCAGGACAGUUUUAGAGGCUGGUUUCCUGGCCGGACAAUAUUUCCUCUAUGGGUUUGAGGUAAUUUCAAAAUAUGAAUGCGAGAGAGAUCCUUGUCCACACACUGUUAACUGCUUCAUAUCCCGGCCCACUGAAAAGACCAUCUUUCUGUUAAUUAUGUAUGCAGUAAGCUGUCUGUGUCUACUUCUGAAUGUGUGGGAGAUGCUACAUCUUGGCUUUGGGACAAUAAGGGAUGCACUUAAUAACAGAGGAAAACAUGUGGAUGAUUCUUCUUCGUAUAAUUAUUCUUUUUCGUGGAACACUCCGUCAGCUCCUCCUGGAUAUAACAUUGCUGUAAAACCAGAUCAAAUUAAUUAUACAGAACUUACAAACACAAAAAUGGCUUACAAACAGAACAGGGCCAACAUUGCUCAGGAACAGCAGUAUGGGAACAGCGAGGACAAUAUCCCUACUGACCUAGAAAACCUUCAUCGGGAAGUCCGCAUGGCUCAAGAACGUCUGGAAACUGCCAUCCAGGCUUACAAUAGCCUAAACAACCCACCUCCCAUUAAAGAGAAGCGAUCUAAGAAAGGGUCAAAUAAGAGUAGUGUCAGCAGCCGGUCCGGAGAUGGAAAGACCUCUGUGUGGAUUUAAUCCCUCACCAGCAACAAGUUGUGACUUCUUGUCUCCGGGAGGACCAGGCAGCAGAGUGAUAACUUCCAUUCAUGUAAAUAUUUUGGUUCUGUUAUGUUGGAGAAUAACAGACUUACAUGGCCUGGAUAUGAGGAGAAAAAACUGCUGGUGAAUUUUGCAGGCCCGUUCUCUUCUAUUAUGAAACUAUAUUACUGUGACCUGCAGUCUGUCAGACAGUCAUUUUAUAUCUCUAAUGUCUCAACAUAACAUGGCUGUUAUUAUGACAAUCCUGUUUGAACGCUUUUUCAUGGUUCAGAUCUCCUUCUUUUAUAUAUAUAGAUAGAUAUAUAUGUUAUAAUUACAAGCGGGCUGCUAUGUUUCUUUGUAAUUCAUACAGCAGCAGGUGGGAUCUUUUAUCAUUCUACUUGCUGCUACACUGGUUACUAUUAAGAAUUACAAAUGUAAUGUAGAUCUUUUGUAUCAGUUUUGCAGCCUUAACCCCUCUGCAGAUGCUCCUAUGUCUCCAGGUCUCCACUUGGCUGAAGGAGAAAAAGUGCCUUGCAUUGUUGCUCUGCAGAGUGCUGGAUUUAUAUCAUUUGUAACUUUUUCUUUCUUUGUUCUUUAAAGCCAACACGUCUGACCUAAUGGGGAGAUUGUAAAAGCGUAAUAAUAACACCUCCAUUAUCUUAUUGCUUUUAGUUGAACAAGUCACUGUGAAAAAAGGGCAGAUAAAAAUGGAUUUGUUGAUGAAAACCAGAUCCCUGACUUCCCCUUCCUGUACAUAAAUCAGUUAUUACAGAUGUGGGGUGACUGGGGGAAAAAUAAUCUUCGCAGUUAAUCGUUGAAGCCGUAAGACGUGAGAACGAAAAAGUUUCUUUACUACAAAUUCUGUAAAUGUAUAUGCCUACAUUAGAGCAAGUGCCUCCUCUCUAUGUUAUGUCAUUUGGAGCACUUUACAAUACUCUAUUUUCUUUUGUGGGGCCUUCCAUUGUAUAUUUCAUACGUCUACUCCAAUAUUUUAUGCCGUGACGUUUAACUUCUUUUGCACAUUUCACCAUCAUUCCGACUGUGUGCAGUGUCUCUAAUUUACUCUGCUUUCCUGUGGUGAAGAUAUUACAAAUCCUAGAUGUUGAUAUGAAUGCAAGGGGUUACACACUAUUUACCGGCAGGUGGGAUGCUGGCUGUCAAGAUUCCUACAGCGACAUCCCGCACGCCAGAAUGCCAGCAUCGGGGCAAGCGCUAAGAGUCCCCUUGCAGGCUCGCUGUGCUCGCCACGCUGCGGGCUUGGUGGCUCGCACAGGUUCUAUUCUCACUCUGUGGGUGUCAUGUGUCAUUGGUAGCAUCCCGAAUGCAAGCCAUGUACUGCUUGCAUACUAGGGUAAUCUGGCACACAGUUAGGCUCACAUGCGUUGCAUGUAUUUUGCCCAUAUUGUACAUUCCAUAGUGAUGUUUUAUUCCAUUUAGUUCUAAGCAUGUUUCCCCUAAAGUAUCCACUGGUACUUGAAGGGAAUACAUAUGUAUUCCCGGUGGACGGAAUACUGGCUGUCAGUAUCCCGAUGGCUGUAUCCCAGCCGCCAGAAUGCCGUCAGCGGGGCAAGAACUACGGAUCCCCUUGCGGGUUCGCUGCGCUCGUCCAUGAUGCGUGCUAAGUGGCUCGCUGCGCUUGCCACAGGAUCUAUUUCUGCUCUAUGGGUGUCGAGGACUCCCACAAGUGGGAAUAGCCCCUGUGAGUCGGUAUUCCGGCUGCUGGCUGUCGGGAUACCGGGAUCCCGACAGCCGGUAAAUUGAUUGACUCCCACUUGAAGCUAUGUGCCACAGUAGCAGAAUUGAGCUGGCUUGGUACCAUGUCCUUAUUAAUGUUGAUCUUAAUCAAACAAAAACAUACUGUAAGAUUAUUUUAUGGCAGCUUUCCUCUUCUCUUAUAUUGCCGCGCAUCGGUCAUCAUCGCCAGCAUACACACUUGCCGAGAAAGUGAACGAUGUUCAUUUUAUUGGCAAGUGUGUAUGCCUCGUUAGAUCCAAAAUAUUUUCUAGUGUGUGCAUAUCAUAUGGUUAAUAUACUGUGGUUUUUGGCCUAAAACUCUAAAGACCCUGACACCGUUCUCCAAUACUACGCUUAAGCAAAUCACAAAUCUGUUUUGUUUUUACUACAUAUUGUCUUCAUUGAGUUCAUUGUAUAAAGUAUAGUUAGCCUCUGCCAACCAGAUAUAUAGAUAUAUAUACUACCAUGUUUACAUGUUUCCUCUGUUUCUGGACAUUUUUUUUUUU